UUUUACUAAAGUUGUUACGUCCUACAUUUAAUUCACCGCAUUUACAAAACAAAUUUAACCAGACAUUUAAUUAUUUGUUACGUUGCGUCAGUAUUCACGGUAAUACCAAACAGUCUCAAUCAGAUUUGUGGGCGAAAGUGACAUCUGAGAGACAAAGUCGAGGGUAUAGUCAAACUCCAUUACAACAUCCUCAUGACUCCAUCAGUAUCACAUACUUCCUGGUUGGCCCUGUUUUAUUGUCCCAAGAACUGUGGAGGAUCCCGGACUCGACAGGGAAGGAAGUACCGAGGUCGUUAAGCAACUGACGGCCGACAGAUUCAAGAUAUGAACUAAUGUAUUAAUUAGGCACUGAAACUGCGGCCGUGGUGAAAGUGUGAUCCGAGCUGCGUGGACAGCCACUGCCCGCAGACCAGUGAACGUUAGCUGGGGCUGCGCUAACGCGGGGCAGCGGUGGAGGAGACGCGUUUCACUUUAUGUGAUUUAACAUUUCAAGAUGAGAAACGACUAAAUGACAUUUUCGCCACAGUUCCGAGAGAAAGAGAGCAUGCGGUUAAAGCCACGGCUGCUGUAGAAUGAAGAGCCCGGCUCACCGCACCAGGGACAUCGAGCGUCACGCUGGAUACCUGAGGCCUGAACACUGCGCCCCUCCCCCACCUCGCAGUGCCUCUGACACAAUGUGGUUCAUCCGCGACGGCUGUGGAAUCGUGUGCGCCGUCAUUACCUGGAUGCUGGUCUUCUACGCAGAGUUCGUGGUGGUGUUCGUAAUGCUGUGGCCUGCCAAGAACGUGGCCUAUAGCCUCUUCAACGGGGUGCUCUUCAACAGCUUGGCCUUCCUCGCCCUCGCCUCGCACGGCAGGGCCAUGUGCACCGACCCGGGUGCUGUGCCAAAAGGAAAUGCAACCAAAGAAUUCAUUGAAAGCCUCCAGCUCAAACCAGGACAGGUGGUCUACAAGUGUCCUAAAUGCUGCAGCAUCAAGCCUGACAGAGCUCACCACUGCAGUGUGUGCAAACGCUGCAUCAAAAAGAUGGACCACCACUGUCCUUGGGUCAACAAUUGUGUGGGAGAGAACAAUCAAAAGUACUUUGUGCUCUUCACGAUGUACAUUGCGUUGAUAUCGUUCCACGCGUUGGCCAUGGUGGGGUUCCAUUUUGUAUUCUGCCUUGAAGAAGAUUGGUCAAAGUGCAGCACUUUCUCUGCACCGGCAACAGUCAUCCUCCUCAUCCUCCUGUGCUUCGAGGGGCUUCUGUUCUUACUCUUCACUGCGGUCAUGUUCGGGACACAGGUGCACUCCAUCUGCUCCGAUGAGACGGGUAUCGAGCAGCUGAAAAAGGAGGAGAGAAAAUGGCUGAAAAAGUCCAAAUGGAUGAACAUGAAGGUGGUAUUCGGUCAUCCGUUCUCUGUGGCUUGGCUCAACCCCUUUGCGACACCCGAUCACGGCAAGGCAGACGUAUACCAGUACAUAGUGUGAAGGCCGAGCUUUGCGCAAAGACCCAAAACUACAUAUUCCAAAUAAAACACAAUUUGUAAUACUCCUCCUCACUAUGUUGCGUCCUUGCCGAUUCUCGCAGAUCGGAGGGGAAAAAAUAAAAAAUACAAAUCACAAAAAGCAGACAAACAGCUACACUUAAAUGACAAAAUAGGAUUUGGAGAGUGUGUCAUAUGUGAUCUUUACCUUUGUCACAAUGUGCCCUAUAAAUCCAGGACAUUUUGUCUUUGUUGCUACGUUUGUCACAGUAAUUUGAAUUGAACACUGUGGCUGAAUUGCCUUAGAUUAUUGGGCAAGAUCAAAUACACAUGGAUGUCAUUUUGUAUUGUCUCAGUAUGUGAAACCAUGGACCAGAAACGUACCUGUCAUGCUAUAAGGGUGAAUGUUUUUUCAGAGUGAAUUUCUUGUAAUUUUUAUAUCGUUUCUGGCAAAAGUAAAUACUGUAUUUCCUCAAAUGGUGGUCAGUGUCAUGUACUCAACUGCAGCGAGUGCAGGGUUUAGGCGUUUAUUCUAGGGGGGCCUUCAUUUGCACAAGAAUAUUUUUUUAUGUUAAAUAUUUUUGUAUCAUUGUAUGUGGUGUUCCCGCGCUCUAUCGCGAUUCAUUAUUCACACCCCUGCUAUUUCUCGGAUUUGUACAUGGUCACUUUUAUGAGUUUUUUCAGUGUACUUAAAGUAAUGCCCUCUCAUGUGCCACAGUCGCCGAUGCACUUUCCAUUCGUUAAUUCAAGGCCGGGAGAACAGCGAAACACAAUAAGCACACCCACGCAGAAGCUGCUGUCGGCAACAGCUCUCCCGCAGGCACUCACACACAGACAAGUGUACAAACAAGGUACUCCACCAGGCCCCGCCUCUUAAAGGCCAAUACAUCUAACACAGGUACUACAAUAUGUACAUUUUAUGCUUUUUUUGUGUUCAUAUACAUUUACGUGUUUGACAUUUUUUUUUAAAGCAUGUGGCAGGGAUAAAAUUGUUUUUAUAUGGAACAGGGGUUCACUGUAUGGCGAUAUAAUAUUCAUCAAUUUUCUAUAGCCCCAGUCGUAGGGUCUCGGAUGAGCUGGAGCUAUCACCAGUGGGGUACGCCCUGGACUGGUUGCUCGCCAAUCGCAGGGCAACAAUAUAUGUACAAUAUUAAAAGAAAUAUAUAUUACAGUGGUGCCUUGAGAUAGGAGUGACCCAACCUAUGAGUCUUUCAAGAUACGAGCUGUCGUUUUUUUUUUGUUUUUUUUUGGCUUUGACUUGCAAGCAAAAAUGUGAGAUACGAGUGCCAAUGGCGGCAGUGAACUCAACUCAUUUGAAGUUAACUGUCAAACGAAACAAAUCAAAGAGAAAUACAUGUUUAUUUAAAACAACCACAUAGCUUUGCCUUAGGAAAGUCUACUUAGCUUAAUGCUAUUUGAAUAUAAAUGGUGGAGCAACACGUAGACAGAUACCGCAGUAUGUACAAUCCCUCACUUUAUUGCAGUUCACUUAUUGUGGAUCCAGUGGGUGCAGUUGCUCACCUGCACAUCUCUGAUACCGUUAGCUUUAAUGGCUAUAUGAGUUUAAUGUGGCAGCAAUGACUCCCAUAAGGUCAAUUGAGCUCUUAAUUUUAGCAGAAAAAGAAACCAUAAUGUGUAAUCUCAACUCAUGCAUUUGGUACAUCACCAGAUUGCUUAAGGAUAAAUUGAACAUGACCGGCAAGCCACAGUUUGAAAAACAAGCCACAGUCAUGAGUUUUAUUAUAUAAAUUGACAAAUACAAACCUUAGCCCGACUAAUAGCUAAUGCACAUGCUCAUAACAAUAUCGACAGGAACAAAUCCAAGUAAAGAGCAAUGUUUAGCUUGACAACUACAGUACUGCAGUUUAAAAACGUCACCGCAAUGAAUUGUGGGUUCCCAUAAUGCUUUUCGCGGACUAAAUUGCCCGAGUGUGAGGAACAGUGCCAAUGCUUAAGGGAAGAAAUCACCUGUUCACACACACCCGCUUUUAAUAGCCAUGGGAUCGUGUAGUGUGUGUGUGUGGAUGGUGACCUUAGGUGGACAUAUGAAAUACCUGCACCUCUCUAAAGUUCACAUAAAAUUUGCAUAUUGGCAUUGAAUUGCAUCUAUGAAACAAAUCUAUAUAAUACAUAAUUGGUUGCUACUUUGUAUAAUUUAUUAAUUGUGGCGGUUUUCUGGAACCUAACGGCCAUGAUAAACGAGGGUUUACUAUUAUAGCCUUUGUCACACACUAAAGAGUAGAUCUCAUUUUGAAUAAUUUUUAUGGUCAUUACAUGCUAAGAAAUAAUCCAUCCAUGGCAUCUAUUAGAGCGGAGGCCACGAUUUGAGGAAAUGCGGUAAAUCAACUGACGCACAGACGCUCGGUUUGGAGUAUGCAAGAUGCGACAACUAACUUUAGCUGUUGUAGAAAACUUGCAACGUCUAACGAAGGUUAAAGUGUGAAGAUCGGGUGGGAGGCAAUUAAAUAGUUCUUUUGUUGCAGGAUAGUAAAUCCCAAUCAAAAGACGUAAAAACGGAGUGGAUGUUGAAGGAACAAUCAACAAUUCAAUACAAGAGCUGUAUAAAAGAUUUUGCUUUUAUGAAAACGACACUAUCACGACCUAACUGUUGCUGGUGAAUAUGCAGUAAUGUGCAAAAAAGCCACCAAUAGAUUUGUUCUACACUAUUUUCAAUAAGAGAUGCUGUAUUUAGGAAUCAGGGGGGCUGUUCAUUCCUAUGUUUGCACCUUUAUCCACAGGUUGACCCAUGCGCCUCUGCAAAGUAUCACGGAUAUCAAUUUGGUACUUUUCCUGCAAACUGUAUUAGUGAUACUAUUUAUGGUUUUACUAUGACUGCUGUGAAAACUAAUUUUGACCCAAGACAAUGCUGGCUAAUAGCACAGGGGAAAAUACACUAUCCAUUAACAGUUUAACUAAACAAGUCAGGGAUUAAAGAGUCACUAAAAUGAUGUCAGUCAGUAUGUGACCAAUCAGGUGCUCCUAUAUUGUAGUCACGAGCCUUAACGCAUAAAAAUGCUGAAGAGUUCAGACUGAAAACAUGUUUUCGAAGUGAAUUGACCGACUGAAAAUCCCAUGCAGGCCACUCGAGCAAUCAUCCGACCACAAAAGGGGAGUUAGUGGAACAUUUGAUUUGAGCUUGCGUGUUGCUUUCUGUUUCAACACAGCAAUUUUUAAGUGUUUGUAAAAUGCAAUACCUUUUAGUUUUUUGUUUUGUAUUUUACUUUACAUCGAAUGGAUAUGCAGUCUGCUAUCCAGCUUACAGGAACAACACAAGCUGUUUCCUUAUAAUUUGUAUGGUCUGUCAUGAAUACUAUUUUAGUACUUUGUUGGAAUUCCUUUUAUAAUGUAUUUGAGUAAGGGAGAAACAAAUAAAGUUAUGUUGAGACAAUA